AGAAGAAGAAGAAGAAGAAGAAGAAGAAGAAGAAGAAGAAGAAGAAGAAGAAGAAGAAGAAGUCUUUCCCGCUUUUCAAACCGCACCGGAAGUUAUGAUCCCCGCUCUUUCUAACCUGAAUCCAGAAGGAGUCUCGUCGCGACAGUUCUCUCUCUCUCUGUUCCAUCCCCUGUGUGUCUGGAUAAAGGUAGACUGGACUUUGUGCCCUUUUUUCUGAAGCGUUUACCUGGGACUAUAGGAGCUAGCUUAGCAUGCUAGCUGGAAACACCAGAGCAACACGAGUCAGAGUGAGAGUUUGAUGGAGAGGAACAGUGCGUUUAACGGAGUGUGCAGGAAAAGGUGAUUUAGUCAACAUGAGUACAGUCCAAAUGCUGCUCGCGUUGAAGAAGCAGCAACUCACUGCUUCUGCUGAAGAGAUGUUUGCUCUGUUUGAAAAAACGAUAGCAGAGUACGAGGAGAAACUGUGUCGUUCAAAAGAGAACGAGAGACUCCAGAAACUACUGGACUCUGUUUUACAGCCCCAGCUUCGGAUUCACAAAGCAGACGUCCGGCAGCUGGUGGUGGUUAAGGAAGAGGUUGUCCCUGAACGGCAGGAGUGGAGCUCCAAUCUGGACCAGGAAGACCCAGAGCCCCCCCCACACAUUAAACAGGAACAGGAGGAAAUCUGGAGCAGUCAGAAGGGAGAGGAGCUUCAAGAGCUGGAGGGGGCUGAUGUCACCAAGUCUACAUUCACUCCUGUCCCUGUGAAGAGUGAAGAUGAUGAGAAACCUCAGUCCUUACAGUUUCAUCAAAUACAGGCUGAACACAUGGAAACAGGAACUGAUGGAGAGGACUGUCGAGGACCACAACCAAACAGGAACUCGGAUCCAGAGAGCGGUUUACAACCACAGACUGAGGACAAAACUCAAGGCUGUUCUGAACCAGACACUGAAGGCUCCUCUGAAGCUGACACUGAAGACAGUCCUGAUUGGAAGGAGACCAGAGAACCUGCAUCAGGCUCAAACUCACUGAAAAAAAACCAAGAAUCUGUCAGUGAUUCACAACGUAGUACUGGAAAGAAACGAUUUCACUGCUCAGUUUGUAAGAAAUUUUUUACACAGAGUGGACAUUUAAAGGCACACAUGAGAAUCCACACAGGAGAGAAACCAUUCAGCUGCUCAGUUUGUAAGAAAUCUUUUACACGGGGUGAACAAUUAAAGACACACAUGAGAAUCCACACAGGCGAGAAACCAUUCAGCUGCUCAGUUUGUAAGAAAUGUUUUACAACGAGUGGAAGUGUUAAAAUACACAUGAGAAUGCACACAGGCGAGAAACCAUUCAACUGCUCAGUUUGUAAGAAAUCUUUUACACGGGGUGAACAAUUAAAGGCACACAUGAGAAUCCACACAGGAGAGAAACCAUUCAGCUGCUCAGUUUGUAAGAAAUCUUUAACAGACAGUCGAAGUUUAAAGGAACACAUGAGAAUCCACACAGGCGAGAAACCAUUCAGCUGCUCAGUUUGUAAGAAAUCUUUUAUAAAGAGUAGAACUUUAAAGGCACACAUGAGAAUACACACAGGCGAGAAACGAUUCAGCUGCUCAGUUUGUAAGAAAUCUUGUAAAGAGAGUGGAAGUUUAAAGGCACACAUGAGAAUCCACACAGGCGAGAAACCAUUCAGCUGCUCAGUUUGUAAGAAUUCUUUUACACAGAGUGAACAUUUAAAGGCACACAUGAGAAUCCACACAGGCGAGAAACCAUUCAGCUGCUCAGUUUGUAAGAAGUCUUUUACACAGAGUGAACAUUUAAAGACACACAUGAGAAUCCACAUGGGAGAGAAACCAUUCAGCUGCUCAGUUUGUAAGAAGUCUUUUACACAGAGUGGAACUUUAAAGGCCCACAUGAGAAUCCACAUGGGAGAGAAACCAUUCAGCUGCUCAGUUUGUAAGAAGUCUUUUACACAGAGUGGAACUUUAAAGUCACACUUGAGAAUACACACAGGAGAGAAACCAUUCAGCUGCUCAGUUUGUAAGAAAUCGUUUCCACAGAGUGGAACUUUAAAGUCACACUUGAGAAUACACAUGGGAGAGAAACCAUUCAGCUGCUCAGUUUGUAAGAAGUCUUUUACACAGAGUGAACAUUUAAAGACACACAUGAGAAUCCACAUGGGAGAGAAACCAUUCAGCUGCUCAGUUUGUAAGAAGUCUUUUACACAGAGUGGAACUUUAAAGGCCCACUUGAGAAUACACACAGGAGAGAAACCAUUCAGCUGCUCAGUUUGUAAGAAAUCGUUUACACGGAGUAGAACUUUAAAGGCCCACAUGAGAAUCCACAAAUGAGAAAAGCCAUUCAGCUGCAGUGUUUGAUUUACUUGGCGUAGUCAUUUGAAAAGGCAGAAGUGUGUUGGCCUUCAACCCUCACGGCUUCAAUCAAACUCACACUGAGGAUAACAGAGUUUUCAGACUCGUUCAGAGCAUGAUACUGUUUUUUGUUUCUAAAUGUUGUGUAUCAUUUUCUUCCUGUUAAUAAACUGUUCUAAAUAAA